UUGCGAGCGGGAGAUUUCCGGAGCUGAGGAGGCCUCAGAGCCAGGCGGGAUGGGCGGCGCGCGGGAGCGGGAGAUCCGCCAGCUGCAAAAGGACAAGGAGAAAGCCCAGCGGAAGGGAGACCUGAAGGAAGAGGCCGCCUUGUGUAACCAGCUGGGAAGCAUCUUGGCGCGUCAUGGGCAAUUCCAAGAAGCGCUGGAGGAGCACCGCUUGGAGCUGCGCCUGCUGGAAGGCCUGGGGGACAUCAUUGGUUGCGCCGUUGCCCACCGGAAGAUCGGAGAGUGCUUGGCAGAGCUGGAAAGCUAUGAAGCCGCCCUGAAGCACCAGCGUCGGCACCUGGAUUUGGCCCGCUCCGUCUCCAGCGACAUUGAGCAGCAGAGAGCCUGGGCCACCAUUGGCAGGACCUACAUGUUCAUGGCCGAGGGCCAGCAGUCAAGCAGCGCCCUGGAAGAAGCGGAAAAGGCCUUCAUGAAGAGCCUGGUCAUCGUGGAGGAGAAGUUGGAAGGGGAAGUCUCCCAGCGGGAGGUGAGCGAGAUGCGGGCCCGGCUCUACCUCAACCUCGGCUUGGUGUACGACGGCCUGAAGGACCCCGCCAAGCACACCUAUUACAUCAAGAAGAGUAUCUACAUCUCAGAGCAGACCCAGCUGCUGGAGGACCUGUACCGGGCCUACUACAACAUGGGCAACAUCCACCUGCGGGAGGGCCAGCAUUCCAAGGCCAUGCGUUGCCUGGAGCGGGCGCGGGAGUGUGCCUGCAAGAUGAAGGAGAAGCACAUGGAGAGCGAAUGCUGCGCUGGGAUUGCACAAGUGCUGCUGAGCUUGGGGGACUUUGUGGCGGCCAAGCGGUCCCUGAAGAAGGCCUACCGGAUGGGCUCCCAGCAGCCCCAGCAGCGAGAGAGCGUCUGCCACAACCUGCGCUACGUCUCCAAGGUGAGUCGCCUGCAGCAGGCCCUGGAAGAAGCGGAGACAUCCUGCGACCGGGGGGCGGCUCUGGCCCUGAGUGAGCAGCUGGGAGACCUCUUCUCCAAGGCGGGGGAUUACCAGCGCUCCCUGGAGGCCUACAAGAAGCAGCUGGGCUAUGCUCAGGCCCUGAAGCGGCCGCCCCACGAACUGGCCGUGAUCCACGUUUCUUUGGCGGCCACAUUUGGGGACCUGAAAGACCACGCACAGGCUCUGCAUCACUACCAGGAGGAACUAUCCCUGCGGAAGGGGAACCCCUUGGAGGAAGGGAAGACGUGGCUGAGCAUUGCUCUGGCCAAGGAGGAGGCCAAAGAAAGCUACGAGGAGCUGGAGCCCUGCUUCCAAAAGGCCCUGCAAUACGCCGAGAAGGCCUUUGACCCCAGGCUGCAGCAUCAGAUCCUGCAGCACUUGCAUGCUUGUCAGCAGAGAGCGGGGCGCCCCGAAGCAACAGACACAAUGGAGAGGCUGCAGGACCUCCGGCACAUGGAGGGCUGGCGUUCCGAUGGGGAGAUCAGCGAGGAGGAGGAAGAGGAGGAAAGCAGCGAGCCCCUCGUAGAAAGCGACCUGGAGCUUUCCGAUAGCGAUGGGGAGGAGGAAGAGGAGGACCUGGAAGGCUACAACAAAACAGUCCCUGGCCAGCGCAGGACCCAAAAGUGGAACCAGCGCAAUGACAAAGGCGAGACGUUGCUCCAUCGCGCCUGCAUUGAUGGGAACCUGCGCCGUGUGCAGUUCUUUGUGGAGAAGGGCCACCCUCUGAACCCCCGGGAUUAUUGUGGCUGGACCCCAUUGCAUGAGGCCUGCAACCAUGGGCACCUGGAGAUUGUGCGCCUGCUUCUGGACCACGGGGCGGCCGUCGACGAUGCCGGUGGCCCUGGCUGCGAGGGCAUCACGCCCCUCCAUGACGCCCUCAACUGCGGCCAUUUUGACGUGGCCGAGAUGCUGGUCGAAAGGGGAGCCUCGGCGCUGCUGCGUGAUGGCAAGGGCCAGACCCCGCUGGACACUCUGCAUCAGUGGAUGCAUCUCUACGGCCGGGACCUUGACCAAGAGACCCGGGAGCGAUGCAGAGCCAUGGAGGGGCUGCUCAAGAAAGCCAUGGCCGGGCGAGCCUCUAAGCCUCAGGUCCAGCGGGAGCCGCCCUCCAGCCAGCUCUUCGAUGCUGAAUUUUCGGAGUCUCAAGGUUCCAGUCCUCAAGGUUUGGCCAGGACUGCAACCAGCCCGAGACGGAGCCAGGCGGACCCCGAGGCGGAUGAGGACUGCAUGGUCCCCCUUCGCCCUGUCAAGAAGCGGCAGCGGCUGCUCAGCCAGAGACUCACGAGAGAAGAGGGGGAGCCGAUAUCCGCGGCGCCUUCUGAAUAUGCGGCGGCCAUGCGAGGGGUGGGCAGCGCCCUCUCCCGGGGUCCGCCAGGUUCUGAUCGCCCCGCCAAACCCUCCCCUGCCCCAGCACUCAUUCCGACAGAAGAAUACGUGGAUGACGACUGGCUGGAAGACGACCUGGGAGUGAAUGCCGUCUCACGCAAACGCGGCCGGCAGAGUCCAUUGGGCUCUGCCUGCGAGGAAAUCCUUGAGGAGGAAGAGGAGGAGGGCGAGAGCGACGUCGGACCCCCUUGUGCGGCCCCCAAGGCCCCCAGGAAGAGGAGGAAAGCCAGGCAAGCGCGCCUCACCCUGAUGGUGGGCAGGACACCCGUGGGGAGGGUCCGGGGGGUCAACGUGGUGGGCAGCACAGACACAACGGCCGGCACUUCGCACAGCCAAGUAGAGAGGGUGCAAUCCGGAGGAGAAAGCCUACCAUCUGCAUUUGCGCCGGCCUCCACGAAAUGUCCCACGGUGGGAUUCCUUCUGCAGCCCGGUCCCUCACCUUGUCUUCUCUCUCCGCAGGUCCCGGCUCCCCCGCCUCCAAUCCGAGUGCGGGUUCGGGUGCAAGACAACAUCUUCUUGAUUCCUGUGCCACACGGCGACCACGAGGGCCGCCCGGUGUCCUGGCUGGCGGAGCAGGCCUCCCAGCGCUACUACCAGGCUUGCGGGCUCCUUCCGCUCCUGACCCUGAAGAAAGAGGGGGCCCUCCUCGCCCCCCAGGACCGCAUUGUGGACGUCUUGCAAAGCAACGAGGAGGUUUUGGCUGAAGUUCAGUCAUGGAACCUGCCUCCCUUGGUGGAGAGGUACCGUAAGGCCUGCCGGAGCCUGGCUGCAGAGGAGCACCGCCUGCUUCUGCAGAUGCUGGAGCGCCAGGAGUCGGGCCCCUCCUUCAGUGUGGCUGGCGUGUCCCUGGGGCCCCCCCGCCUGACCCCUCUCCUCCGGGCCCUUAAGCUGCAGGCCUCCAUCCGCCAGCUGUGCCUCUCCGGGACGGGCCUCGGGGACGACUCGGCCGAAGAGCUCUUGGCCACCAUCAGCACCAUGCCGGCCCUGAGGCAGCUGGACCUCUCCUCCAACCGGCUGGGCCCCGAGGGGCUUCGCAAGCUCACCGCAGGACCCUCCGGCCACACUGUUUUUCAGACCCUGGAGGAGCUGGACCUGAGCCUGAACCCUUUGGGCGAGCACAGUGGCCCUUCCUUGGCCGCCUUGGUCCAGGCCUCUCCCCUCCUGAAGACCCUCCGACUGCAGGCCUGUGGCCUCACCACCACCUCCUUGCAGCACCCCCAACCCCUGCUGGGCCUGGCCCUCAAAGGGGCCCUGCAGCUGAGGAGCCUGUCCCUGUCGCACAACGCUCUGGGCUGGGCAGGGCUGGAGCUCCUCCUGAAGAGCCUGCCUUGCCAGACGCUCUCCCGCCUGGAGCUGGCCUCCGUGGGCAGAAGGACGGCCGAGCAGAAGCCCCUCGGGAAGGCCCUGGCUGCUUACCUGGCCCAGGAAGGUUGUGCUCUCCGCCACCUGACCUUCUCUGGGAACCGACUGAAUGACGAUGCCGUCGCAGAGCUGGCCAGGUGCCUCCCUUGCUGCCCUGCCUUGGUCUCCCUGGACUUGUCCGCAAACCCCGAGGUUGGCCUCGUCAGCCUCCGGACGCUGCUCCUGGCCCUGGAGGAGAGGCAGGCUGGCCUCCAGCUCCUCAACUUGGCAGGCUGUGCCACGAAGGGCCCCGUGGACUCUGCUUCCUGGACCAAGCUCUCGUCCAGUGUCCGCCACUUGCAGCUCUGCAGCCGCCACUUGAGCCGGAGUGACCUGCGGGAGCCGCCCGAGCUGUGUCCAGGGACCGAGGGCAGCGCCUUCGUCUGCAUCACGCGGCACAACAAGCUCUUCUACCACUGCCCGUGACAGCCCUGGCCGGAUCCAAGAACCGCUUGGACAUGAACCAAAACCCCAAUUCUGGCCACGUAUGGGUGGAGUGGUCAGCGAGAGGGAGGGAGAGGCCUCAGGCCACUUCACCCAAUCCUGAAUCGUCCAGGGUGAUUGAUCCAGGAAAGAGAUCAGCAGAGAGAUGCCUCUUCCGAUGGCGAAAGCCCAGCAAGACCCGCUUCCUUCCCCCUUUGAACUCUGAGAGAGGCUGGGAUUGUACUUUCAACUGGGGCAGGAUUCUGUCCUCUUACCUUGUUGUCUUCGUGCUUCUGUAUCCCUCCAUAUUUAUUGAAUCUGACCCUUCCUUGCAACCUCAGCCAUCGCCUCUCUCUCUCUAGCUUUGCUGUAGAUGGAUUAUAGCAGAAGAGAGAAUGAUGGGACUCUUGACGUGAACUUUUCCUGCUUCUUCGACGAAGAAAAUAUCAUGCUGAAAGGAGAGACUCGCUGGAGCUUUGGUCUGUGCCUUUCCCUUGUUUGGGAAGGAAUAAAAUGCACCUCACGCCUCUCCUUUGCCUGGUAGAAAGAGGAUUUAUUUGCUUUGGCCCA